AUGUUGAAGUUGAAUGAAUUCCUUAUAGAUGCUCAGUUAUUUGCUUUGGGCCUUUGGGGUCCUAAAUAUACUUGGAGAAGGGGUGUCUUAUGGGAAAGACUUGAUAGAAUGUUGGGAAACUCUAAGUGGCUUCAAACCUUCCCUUAUACAAUCAUCACUCACCUUGUCAUGUCUGGGUCAGACAAUAGACCCAUUCUUUGCUCUAUUCAAAAUGCUGUGAAGUCUGGUGGUUCUCCCUUUAGAUUUCAGAACAUGUGGACUCUUCAUCCUAAUUUCAUCAAGGAAGUUACAAAUGAUUGGAUCGUCAAUGAAGAUUAUGGGCCAUGGAUAAAUCUCUGCUCAGAAUUAGGUGAUAGUAUUGAAGAAGAUUUCCAAAAGGGCUUACAAGCUGAGAGAGAUCUACAUAAUGCCAAUGAAGAACUUCUUGCACACAUCACAUAUAAUGAAGGCUUUUUGAAACAGAAAGCUGCUAUUACCAAGUUCUUUGAGGGGAAGAGAUUAAUUCAGGCCGAUGACAUUGCUCAAGAUGUUGUAAAGUUUUUUCAACAACUUUUUAAUUCACACCCAUCUACUAGAACCAAUGUUGAUGCUAAUUUAUUUGUUGAUUGUACUGAUUAUGUCAGUAGGCUGACCCUAGAUCAAAUCCCCUCUGAAGUAGAAAUUAGAGCUACUCUUGAUUCUAUUGAUGAUGAUAAAACUACUGGUCCUGAUGGCUUCACUGCAGAUGAUGUGAGUAUAUUUUUCAAGGCCACUAAGAAUGCUAUUAGAAUGCUUUAUAAGGCCCUUAUGCAUUUCCAGCUCACCUCAGGGCAGAAACAAGCAGAUAAAGUUCAAUGA